AUGAUCGUAACAACGCGCGAUAAGCACGUGUUAAACCUGGCACAGAUAGACGUGGUUUACAAGAUGGAAGGACUGGAGUAUGAGGAAGCUCUGCGUUUGUUCUCUUGGCAUGCAUUUUUGAAGCCCGAGCCGGAUAAAAUAUUUAGAAAAGAGUCGAAAAGGAUUGUGAAGGCCUGUUGCGGUCUGCCCCUGGCAAUUGAAGCUGCGGGAGAUCUUUUGCACGACAAAAAGGAAUCUCUUGAAUACUGGAGAGAAGCUUUGAGAACCCCACAGAGCAUCUGUCACCAGAAAAUUUAUGACGUGGUCAAGAUUAGUUAUGAUAAUCUCAUUUAUCAGGGGAAAAAGAUAAUUGUGGAUAUCGCUUGCAUUUUCAGUGGUAAAGAGGUAAUGCAGGGCAUCCGAUACUGGAAAAGAUUCAACUGGGAUGCGCAUACGGCGGUCACAAAUCUUGUGCUUAUAAGGAUAGGCGAUGAUGAUGUAUUUAUUAUGCACGGCCUUCUUAGAGAUAUGGGAAAGGCGAUUAGAAAAGAAGAUAAUCCCUCACCUUUCUCUUUCAUCUGUCUCCUUGUGUUGAUCCCUCGGUUCAAAUUGUACAUUAAAUUUUGUACUAAUAAAAGAUCAGAGAAGACUAGAAAUGUGCAGGAAGCGAUGCCUUUACUGGAUGCUGCUGAUUUUUUAAGCAAAACUGGAUUUACAACUUCAAACUUCGGUUUGAACGUCCUGUAG